AUGAUAUUGAAAAAAGGCUCCCAAAUACGAUACCAAAACUACUUCAAGGAGCAUAGGUAUAUUCUCCUCGCUAAUUGCAUCUACUUCAAGCCUGAAAGACUACCUCACCCAGGAUAUCAUGGAAAUGACUAUCUAUUCACUGUCACGGUAGAUUCUAAUUUAUGGCUCUCUGGCUGCCAGACAGACGAAUGCAACCGAGAAGCUCAUCCUCGUUUCGGAGGCACCCCUCUAGACCCUGGCGAACUAAUUCUGAUGCGAGAACACGGCAUGACGAGAGGUGUCUUUGCACGACGUGGAACCCAUUUCCUGUCAGUCGCUCCUUUCGCAGACAGACCACUCGUGAAUACCUCUCAUGCACUCGGAACGACAACUAAAAUGGCAAUCUUGCUAACCGUACCAGUGUCUAUCGUGGUACCUGUCAGACUCCGCUCUCACAAGCCCAGUCGAGUCAACCGCCGGACGCCAAUCAGCAGCACGAAGAACUGCGGGCUGAGUCGAUUCUGCGAUGAGCCCAUUAGCUACGAGACAAAGAUGACAGUUGGUACGCCGUCCAAGAUUCUAUAA